AUGGAUGGCUGCGUACUAAACUCGCUGGAGGGCACGAUAACUUCGGAUGUGCCGAGGGAUUUUACGAAUACUGGAAGUCACUGGUUUGUGAGUAGCUUCACGGAUUCUCGUAUGCACGCAACCAUCGACGAAGCAUCGGACGAUCAGAAUGACAUGGUAUUUCCGUUCCUCCUGGGUGCGAUGCGUAUGGCUGAUGCACAACCUGAGCGCGCCCCGCGCGUCGCGACAGUUCUGCACAGAUUCGUAGGGCUCGUGAAUAAGAUGCUGCAUGAAGGGGGCGUGUUGGACGACGAUGCGCGUGCACACGCAGGCGACCUUCUCAGAGCCAUCGCAUGGCUGUACAGAUUCCAUCCAAAUGGCCAGGAAAAUGUUCUCGCAGAGACAACGCGCAUGCUCGAGCGGCAGACAGAGGAUUUGCUCACGCAGGUUUUCAGAAAGGAUUACUUCCCCAGUUUGCAUAUGCUGCUCGACCCCUGGCUGCAUCUCUCCGACUUCAUCGUCGAGUUCGACUAUGAUGGGUCUGAUCCUGGAAUCGAAUGGCACAGCAUGAACACGAUCAAGACGCUUGUGACCUUGGCUGCCAGAUAUGGCCUCAGUGGGGAUAUAUCAGACCGUGAGGCGAUUGGAGAAGCGUGGAAGACACUUAUGAAGCACCAGGGACACCCAUCAGGCACAUACACGCCCGAGGUAGCGGGCUUCAACGGUUACGAUCGGAGUGUCUUAUACUUGUACCAAGUCACCAGCGAUCCGCAGUACGCAGAUCACGCAGAGCGUAUAUUUUACAACGCGUUUUGGGUUAGCAGCCAAAAUGGAAUAUCGUCCACCGCUAACAUCAGGAGCAGACGGGUGGUCAAGAAUGUGGAGUACGAGUUUCUGCAGAGAGUCAUAUCCCGUCAACGGGUGGGAUGGCCGGACUUCAUUUCCAAUGCCUUCAUGACGACACCAGAUCGUGCGGCCCUCAUUCACGUGUACCCAGGCCCCUUCACUGCCAACACCACGCUUGCUGGAGGAAACAAGGUCACCGUCGCCGUAAACACGACCUACCCAUUCAGCUCGGACACCCUGUCGACGACGAUCAUUGCAGAGAAGGACUUCACGUACUACAUACGCAUCCCUGACUGGUCAAAUGAUGCAGAUAUAUCGGUCAACGAGGGCGGCUUCCUCCCCUGCGCACCGACAAAUGGAAUGCACGCCAUCCGCAUCGCAUCUGGGACGACCAACAUAGUCAUCAACCUCCACGCGCCGAUUCGCACAGAAUCGCGCUCCUUGGGGCGCACAACAGUCCGCCGAGGACCGCUGCUUUACGUCUACGACGAGCGAGCCUACACGCUUCUGGAGUUCAACGAGUAUUAUUGGACCCACCACGCAUCGCCACGCUACGCCAUCGACCCGUCCACUUUGCGCACGAGCACUUCGAAUAUCCGCGCCAAAUGGUCCGUGGACACCCCUCCGAUGCGCACGAUCACUGUCGCUGCGUGUGUGGCGGGAUGGAAGGUCUGGCCGCCCGAGCCAGAUAGGGAUUCGCAUACCGAGCCGGAGAAGGCGGUGUGCAUCUCCGCGCCGACGAAUGUGACGCUGACGGCAUAUGCGGGGAGUGGUCUGGACUAUCGGGUCGAUCUCGACUUCCCGACAUUCACGCUGUCGCACAUUUCAUUGCAUUGA